AUGUUCAGAAGAGUCGCAUCUACCGUCCCCGCUCAGGCUAGCAGAGCCAUGGCUGCCGCCGUCAGACCUUCGAUUGCUCCCUCAUUCCGCGCCGCCGCUCCUGCCAUCAACAACGCAAGAAGAAGCUACCACGAGAAAGAUAUGUCUACCCCACUGCUCGACCACUACAACAAGCCCAGAAACGUUGGCAGCAUGCAGAAGAACGACACCGACGUCGGUACCGGUCUCGUCGGUGCUCCCGCUUGCGGCGAUGUCAUGAAGCUCCAGAUCCGUGUCGACCCCAACGACAACACCAUCAGCGAGGUCAAGUUCAAGACUUUCGGCUGUGGUUCCGCCAUCGCCAGCAGCAGUUACUUGACCGAGCUCGUUAAGGGCAUGACCCUUGAGCAGGCUGGCCGCAUCAAGAACACCGAGAUUGCAAAGGAGCUCUGUCUGCCCCCUGUCAAGCUCCACUGCUCUAUGCUCGCUGAAGACGCCAUCAAGUCCGCCAUCUCAAACUACUACACCAAGAACCCCAAGGCAAGAAAGACCGACCUCGGCGGCACCUCCGCACCUCUCCCCAAGGUCGAGGUUGAGACCGUCUCGGCCACCGCUUAA